AUGAGCUCGCCGCAGCAACCUCAUGGCUCGGCUAGCCCUCGAGUAGGCUCGUUCAAGCGCCCGUCUGUCCUCAAUCCUGACAACGAUCCGUAUCUCCUUUCUACCAAAGGCAACGGUGCCUUGGUAAAUCUAAUCAGAGACCGCUCCAACGCCACAAUGCGAGACUCGCUCAAGAGCCCCAGCUACCAUCAGUUGGGCCAUGAAGAUGACGAUCACGAGAACACGUCCCUACUGGGCUUCUUGCAUAGGGACUCAGACGACGACCACCGCCGCUCCGCAGCCGAAGAGCGCCGACUGAGCGAGAUCAUCUUUGGCCCUCACAUGAGGAGCAUGCGCCUUAUCGGCAACAGCAACCCGCGCUAUCAAUGGGAACGCUACUGGAAGACCGAGGCCGAGCUUCAGGCCAUGUCGAAGCCUAUACGCGAAUACUACAAGAGAAACAACGAUCUAAUUCGUAUGUAUCUUUACAUCGACCAACUCUUGGACUCUUCGGUGCCCCACGACCUGCUCAACGAAUACCACCAAGCGUUGGACGCCUCAGCCUACCGUCCUGUCGAAGUUGACGUGCCCCAAACCAUCACCGAAGAGUCGCCAGCUCCUACCUCCCCUCCUUCACGCGGCGGCCUCGGCUACGGCAGCACUGCUUCUGUCCCAAACAGCAGCACAGAGCACAGCAGUUCGGCAAACAGCAUCCAGCAAAAGGUAAAACGUACGCCCAAGGAUAUUUUUCGGCCCACCGAGGCGACCCCACUUCUCACACUCAACGGCCACGACGAGGAGGAAGGUUUAACCGACGACGACCAACCCAAGCCCGAAAUCCCUUGGCUCGAGGACAGCGACAUUGACAGCAGCGACCCUGUUGUCACCUUCGCCAUUUGGGUCAACUUCAUCGCCAAUGCUUUCCUGUUGCUAGGAAAGAUCAUCGUCGUCUUCUCCGUGCCUUCUGUCUCUGUCCUUGCGAGUUUGGUCGACGCUGUUCUAGACUUCCUCAGUACAGCAAUCGUAUGGACGACCACCAGACUCAUUGCUGCCAGUCAAAAUGAUCAGCAUUCCUAUCCAGUGGGUAGGCGACGUCUCGAGCCUCUUGGCGUUCUGGUCUUCUCCAUCGUAAUGGUCACAUCCUUCUGCCAGGUCGCUCUCGAAGCCAUUCAGCGCUUGCUAUCGCCUGAACAUGAUAUUAUCCAACUAGGCAUUCCGGCCAUCGCCAUCAUGGUCGGAACCGUUGUCAUCAAGGGCCUGUGCUGGCUAUGGUGCCGUGUCAUUAAGAACUCGAGUGUUCGAGCCUUGGCGGACGAUGCCAUGACCGAUGUCAUCUUUAACACUGGCUCAAUUCUCUUCCCUAUUGUCGGAUUUUACGCUAAGAUCUGGUGGCUGGAUGCACUCGGCGGUCUGUUGCUGUCUGUGGUUGUCAUUGUCAACUGGAGCCAGACCUCGAUGCAUCAUGUCCGAAACCUGACGGGCUUCUCGGCAACAUCGGAUGAGAGAAAUCUCCUGCUUUACCUCACCAUGCGCUUCGCCACGUCUAUUAGGCAGAUUCAAAACCUGCGGGCCUACCACGCGGGCGACAAGCUCUUUGUCGAGGUUGAUAUCGUGCUCUCGGCUAAUACGCCACUCAAAGACAGCCACGACCUCAGUGAAGUGCUGACAUACUUCCUCGAGUCGGUGCCCAUCGUCGACCGCGCCUUCGUGCACGUGGACUAUGCGACUUACAAUGUCGAUACGCACAUCAACCAAUAA